AUGACCCCAUAUCCAUACAGAGGCGGCCGGCUGAAUGGAGGGAUGAGCGGCUUCCCAUCGUCUUCUUCAUACAAUAAUGCCUAUCACGCGGGCACAUCCGCUUUUGCACCGCCAUCAAAUCAAAAUGGAUAUCGAGCCGGGGCCGCCAAACAGCUCCUAGCGCCAGGUUCCGAAGUGGUGGUGACGCGAUCGGUGUCGCCAGGCGGCGCCCAACACGACGUCGUCUUCCGGAAAGACGAGCGCGUCCGCAUCACCGCCCCAACCGCGGACCCGGCGUGGUUCCGGGCGCGGAACAUGAACCUCGAAGACGGCCUCAUCCACGUCGACUACAUCCGCUCGGCUUCUGCCGACCAUUUGGGCCCUCCGCAUGAUCCGCCGCAACGGGUGCCCAGUCGAGAAUUCAACGUUCCAAUCGAGCGGCAGGCCGAGCAGACGAUCCACAUGCCCUGGUUCCACAAGGAUCUCAGCCGCGAGCGCACCGAACGGUUACUGCAACACAAGGCCGACGGGACAUUCCUGGUGCGCGAGUCGACCAACUACCCCGGCGACUACACCCUCUCUAUGGCCUAUCGGGCAAAGGUGGAGCACUACCGGAUCUACCAGGCGGGCGGCCAGCUGACGUGCGACAACGAGGAGUUCUUCAGCAAUCUCACCCAGCUCGUGUCGCACUACAAACGUGAUGCGGACGGGCUGUGCCACCGCCUCGUCACCCCAAUCAUCAACGAGGCCUUUCGCAUGCCCAGCACACAGACAGAACUCGAGGACAAGGUGAAAAUCUUCCGGUCGGCCGGCCUGGUCAUCCCCUCAUCACAGCUCAAGCUCGGCGACAUCAUUGGCCAUGGAGAAUUCGGGGACGUGCUCCUCGGGAUACAUAACGAUCGAAAAGUGGCGGUGAAGGUGACGAAACGAGGAGUGGCUGGCGGAGGGAUGAGUGAAUGUCUGCUCGACGAGGCCCGGUUUAUGGUUGACGUCUCGCACCGUAACCUGGUCGGUCUUGUGGGCGUUGUGGUAGAUGACUGCGACGUCUUCAUGCUCACCGAAUAUAUGGCCAACGGGAAUCUCGUGGAUUUUCUGCGAUCCCGCGGUCGUCAUCAACUCGACCGGGCCCAUCUUCUCCAGUUUUCAAUUGACAUCUGCCAGGGGAUGUGCUAUCUGGAGAGUCGACAAAUCGUCCACCGCGAUCUCGCCGCCCGGAAUAUACUGCUCGAUGAUGGGCUCGUCGCAAAGAUCUCCGACUUUGGGCUGGCGAAGAAGGCGCACGCGGCGACGCAAGACUCGGCCAGCGGAAAAUUCCCGAUCAAGUGGACGGCCCCGGAGGCGUUGCGCCAUUCGAAAUUCUCGACGAAAAGCGACGUGUGGUCAUUCGCGGUGCUGCUGUGGGAGAUCUUCUCGUUUGGGAGAGUGCCGUACCCACGCAUUCCGAUCCAAGACGUCGUCCGCCAUAUCGAGCGUGGCUACCGCAUGGAGGCCCCAGAGGGAUGCCCCAAUGAGAUCACCCGCCUGAUGACAAAAGCCUGGUCCCUCCAGCCGCAAGACCGCCCUUCUUUCGGCCAAAUGGCCGCCGAGCUGCAGACAAUCUCCCGGACACCCGACCCUCAACCCGCA